AAAACUAAACCAAAAAUAGCCACCAACAAUACCUUACCCAUUUCUCUCUCCCUCACUUGCUUUCCAAUCUUUUUACUACCAAUCUACCACUUCCUUCUCCACCAACUUCCAACCAUGGUGGUGAUGCAUGGAAAGCCUCUCUCCAUCACCAUGAAUGCCAGAACCUCUGGCUCAGGCGACGACACGGUGGUUUUGGCACAUGGCUAUGGAGGAGACCAGUCUGUGUGGGACAAAAUUGUCCCGCACUUGGCUCAGCGACACCUUGUCGUCGUCUUCGACUGGAGCUUCUCUGGUGCUGUGAAAGAUCAAAGCUUUUUUGAUCCUGUGAAGUACUCUUCCUUUGAUGCUUUUGCUGAUGACUUGAUAAGUCUUUUGGAGGAGAUGAAUUUGAGUUCUUCAUCAUCAAUGGUUUUUGUUGGGCAUUCAAUGUCUGGUAUGAUUGGAUGCAUUGCCUCUGUAAAGAGACCUGAGCUAUUCAACAGGCUCAUACUCAUUGGAGCUUCACCCAGAUACAUAAAUUCAGAAGAUUAUGAAGGAGGAUUUGAGAACUCAGACAUUGAUCAACUCUUAUCAAGCAUAGAAUCAAACUUCCACAACUGGGCUUCAAACUUUGCUUCCCUUGCUGUUGGUCCAAAUGACUCUCUCUCUAUUGAAAAGUUCCAAAAAUGCUUGAAGAGAAUGAAACCUGAGGUUGCACUCUCCAUUGCCAAACUUGUUUUCCACAGUGACCAGAGAGAGAUGCUUGGCGAGGUCAUGACUCCCUGCACCAUCAUCCAGACCACCAACGACGUGGUCGUCCCAAGCUCUGUCGCCGACUACAUGAAGAAUAAGAUCAAGGGGAAAUCAACGGUCGAGAUUGUAGACACAGAUGGCCAUUUUCCUCAGUUGACUGCUCAUCUUCAGCUCCUAGAGGUGUUGGGUGGAGUUCUGGCUCUUGAUCAUGGUUUUUAAAUAACAGCAUCGGAAUCAGUGUUGGUUGAUAUAGCAAUGAAUAUCAAUAUCAGCAGUUUAAGUAUAGUUGAUAUUUAAAACUUAAUUUUUUAACUUUGAUUUUUUCUCCAUAAUACAGUGCUAUAGUAUUCCAUUCAUUCUGAAUGAGGCUGAAACUCUACUAGAAAGAAUGUUCAAGAUAUUAUAUUUUUUAGUUUGUAGCAUCAGAGUAUUU